AUAUAGGUAAUCAAAGUUUAACCAGGAAGAAAAAAUACGUCUGAACGUUUAAACCAUUCCAUAGUCACAUUCAAGUGAAAAGAAGCGGACUGCUAGAGUAAUAAACUUCCUGAAUCUCUUUUAGAACUAAGGAUUUAACAAUUUGCGAUUUUUUCCAGAAUGUGAAAUCACAAGGAGGUGAAAAUGAGUGACCCAGACACUGCAUCCACUUCUCGCGAGGACGAGACUACUCUGCGAGAAAAAGACAUUCUCGCAAUUAAACUUCUUCGAGCCAUAAGAGAGAAGAAAGUCUCGGAGGCGAAGAAAAUAUUGACAGAAAACCCAAACAUACAUUACAGAGAUAAGACCGGAUGCCAAGGUUUACACUAUGCAGCGCAAGAAGGUUUUCUAGAUCUAGUCAAAACACUGAUAGAGGAAGGAGCACAUGUCAACUGUUUUGAUCAAAACGGACAAUCUCCUCUACACAAAGCCAGUUCAAGGGGACAUGUAGACGUUGUAAUACAUUUAGUGGCCAAUGGAGCCCAGGUUGGAUCGUUGGAUUGGAAUAAUCACACACCAUUUGAGAAAGCAGUAAUAUCACGUUCAGUUAAUGUGGUGGAGAUUCUUCUCAUGUUUGGAGCGGAGCCAAACCUGCAGGAUUGGUCAUGGACGAUGGAAAAGUUAGGAGAGAAAGAAAUAAAGAUCCAAGAACUCAUCACAGACCACGUCCCACUAGUGCCCGGAUAUAAAUACGAGGGUAUUCAAUUUGAAGUUGUCUGUGCCAAGCCAAAUGAGGACAUUACCCUUGAGAAAUUACGACUGACACUCUGCGCAAUAGAUGUGCGGAAUUCCUUUAUUUUCUUCUGUCGAAAAAUGCAAUCCGAGUACACAGAACUGAAAUCGCUUUUGCACGAGGAUCAGACACCAUACAGUGAUAUGUUUGAGCUUCGGACAUGGGGAGCCACUCGGAAAACCUUGUCGCUGAAGGUUAUUGUAGAAGGAAUUCCGAAAUGCAACGAACAUCUGUUCGUCGUAUCACAUGAUAGACAAGUAGGACGAGUUGAUAACUUCAUUAAAAACGAAGAUGAAAAUACAACAGAAGUUACGUUGACAAUAAAAAUGAACACCAAAGGACCAACACAAUUUGCUAUUGCCAGCGUCUUUAAGAAAGAAACAUUCGCAAUUUCGGAAGAUGAAGUCGUAAUUAAGCCAACUGCCGAACCAGAGGCGGAAAUUGACAUUCCAAAAGGAACGUUCGAUAAAGCAGCCGAACUACAACUUAAUGUGGUUGACACGAACGAUGUCAACGAGGACGAGGAGGACGAGUCUGGACCUCUACUGAUGACAAACGUCAUCGACAUGUCCAUGAGUGAUGGUCAACAGCCCAAAGAGGAGAUAGUGAUGAAGCUACCAAUCCACAAGAAAGGGGACGAUGUGGAGGAGAUGUGUGUGUUAGCCACAUCAGAAGAGGACCCGGAUGAUGUAGAUGAUUGGGAGGUUAUUGAGGCUCAGACAGAUUCAAAAGGAAAGGCUGCUGUCUUCAAGAUAAAACACUUUUCUAUCUAUGCUGGAGCCAAUAAGAAGAAAGUUUUGGAGGACAAACAGGCAAUAACUGAAGCCAUUGCACGGUCUAUCAAGAAGGAGAGGAAGGUGGAAUUUCGACUUUUUACCAGAUUGGAACAAGAAAGAGGAAAGUUUCAGUUUAUCUUAGAAUGCUGGACUCCAAAAAAACUUAAAAAAGGCGGAAAGUCCAGAUUUGAGAACGAUGGAUGCGAGGUCAUAGACUUACCUGCAAAAUUGUACAUCGUUGAUGAGAACCAGACUUUCAAGUUGAGAUUUAAAGGCAACUGCAGGAAGGUUUCGAGUGAAAACACAACGAAAGUGAAAGAGGAAGGCAACAACGACGACGAGACGAAUGAAGAACAAAAUGAAAAUGAAAACGAAGAUGCAGACUCUGAAGAUAAUGACUUUGUUAUAUUGGACUUCGUAGGUAAAAAAGGUUAUUCAUUUACUAUUGUGGACAUGAUUGUUCUUGAUACCGAGAAGCCUAGUGGAAAGGUGAUCAUUGAUAAGGAAAUUCGAACCAUAGAAAUGAUUGAGCAGAUAGUCAGCGAGCCAAGUGGUAUCUGCAAAGGAAAGGGUCAGGUGGUCCCCGUAGAAAACAUAACAUUCCACUAUGAAGACCUUGCAGAGGUUGCAUUUGGAGUUAAACUUCCACCACCACCUAAGCCAGUGAGAGAGCCUACAGACAUUCAAAUUCAGUCUUUGGUGGAAGAGAAGAAAUUGGAAGAAUUCGUCGAAAAAACGGACGCAGAAUAUCCUACUGAUAAUAAUCAAGAAGAAACAAACCAUGAUAGAAAUAUGGAUAACCUUGCUUCAUACACAGAGCGUGUGUCUUCUACAGCUGAUUCUGUUGAAGUGAAAGAGGAAGAGGACAUUAUGUCUCGAAUAUCAACUCCUGAAAUAAUUGACGAUACGGAAGAACACACUGAAGCAGAGAAAGAAGACGAGCCAGCAUUGAGAACACCAACUCCCGAGAGCGAUGAACCCACAGAAGAGGAUAUAAAAGAAAGAGAACAUGAAGUGCAGAAGCUAGUAGCAAUGGGACUCAACGAAAAUACGGAGCUUUCCUACUCGGUUUUAAAUCCAUCUAGUAUCACCUCUCUUUGUAAAUGUUUGUCCAUGGAAGAAGCAGGACUUUUUGGACUUCAACUAGGGCUGCCAUUAUCCAUAAAGGAAGAUCUGUUUUACGCGGCUAACCCUGCAAAGGAAUUGGCCUUUAGACUACUUGGGAUUUGGAGUGGAUCGAAACAUAGUUCUCGUCGAGUAAGAAGAAUUCAAGAAGCACUUCGUCGGAUUAGCAGGGAUGAUCUUGCUCUUGCAGUUGGAGCAGCAUUUGAAAAUGACUUACCGUUCACUUAAAAUACACUAUCACAUCUUUCUAGGAAUUAGACUCGAUUUAUCACAUUGCAAUACAAUUGGAAUUUAUUGACAGUUCACUGUACGAGUUAAUGUAUUAUUAAUAUUAUUAUUUCAUAAUUAUUUUAUUAUUGUUAUUAGUAGUAUGCAUAAGUCGCAUAUUUUGUAUAGCAUGGUGCACAAGCUUGUAAAAUUUAAGUUAUUUUAUGUAUAAGGAAAAACUCCAAAAAUGUUAAAGUAGUGAUGCCAGUUAACUUUCAAACCCCCCAAAUAUUUACCGAAAACAAUAUCUUAAAUGAUUAACUUUGAUUAACAUGAUUUUAUUUCAUCAGAUCUGCACUAGGAGAUAUAUGUAUCUACCGUAAAUCGAAUUUUCACGAUGUAGAUGUAAAGUAUAGUUGAUAUUUCACCUUAGAUGUUAAAGUCACAAUGGUCUUUUCCUCACAAUAUUUGAAAAAAUAAAAACAAUGUUUUGUUAUUAUUUCACUGUAUUUAAUUGCUUAUGAAAAUGAUACAAAUCAUUCAUAUAAUAUAUUUCAAAUCCAUCCAUAGGUGUGAUUUUCUCCUAAUUUAAAUCCAUUUUUCUACUUCAACGGACAACAAAAUUUGAAAUAAUUUAUUUCAAAUAAUAUUUUUUUAAACAUGUACAGUGGAGCCUCAGUUAUCUGGACGCCUUCGUUCCCAAGUUCAAUCGUCCGGAUAGAUGAAGCGUCCGGAUAUCUGAAAUGUGUCUAUUGUUGUCAUGAAUGAUAAUGAUAGUGUUGAUACUAGGUUUUUUGCCUUUCAUACCAUAUAGCAACACAUGCUAGAGUUGUCUGUUGAUAUGAACGUUUUUAAGAGAUAAAGAACUCUGGUUUAUUUUAUCAUUUUGUCAAGAAAUAUUAACCGGACAAUAAUGAUAACCGAAUCUAGCUAAAUUCUUUGUGUCCAAGUGUGAUAUGUGUGUGAUACACUGUUGUUCGCAAUUUUCCAAUUUUUGAAAGUGAUUUGGGAAGUCAGUGUUUUUAUACAAGCUACUCAUGAGGGUCUAGCAUGUAAAAAAGGUGUAAAACUUAAUUGACAGGGGUAAUCUUUUGUUUUGAGUAGGGUAUCAUUAAAUUUUACCGUCCGGUUAAAUGAAGCAAGAUUAGUAGUAAAUCAGUGCUUUGUGGUAAAAACAGACCGUCCGGAUCCGGAACACGAAAUUCCGGAUAAAUGAGACAAAAUAACGUAUAAAAAAUCUGUCCCAAAUAAUAUCGUCCGUAAACUGAAGCGUCCGGUUAUCUGGCGUCCGGAUAUCUGAGGCCCCACUGUAUAUACAUUUUAGAAAACUUGUUGAAAAAAGAAUUAACAUUUUCGUGUUGUUCAGUUCUUUUUUUAUUUCAAAACAUCAACUUGUUUAUUGCAAAUUUAUUCUUUAUAUAGUUUUUUUUAGAUGGGCUGAAAAGUGAUAAAACCAUGGGUAAAAAAAUUCCAUCAGGGUUUUCUAAGGAAAUACUGGUCAAAAAAAGUGCUCAACAUCAUAUUUUGUUCGAUUCGAAUAUGAGUAAUUGUUGAAUAGAAUAUUUUACUGUCAUAUAUUGAAAAGCAAAAUUCAUGCAUAAUGUUGUACGUUCAUUUUUAUGUUACAUAUAAGAAAAAAGAAAUGAUUUUGCCGUUAUUGUUUUUAUUUGAUGUUUUGGUUACACAUCCUCCUUGAGAAUUAUUCUUUUAUGUCUGCCAUUGUUGUGUUUGAUAUGCUGAAAAAAGUAUGGUUUCCAAUAAAACAUAAACCUGAA